AUGGGCUCGUCCUCUGCCCUGGAGACGCCUCAGCAGGAGGAUGAGCCUUUGUGCAUGCACCACAUUGACCCCCUGGAGGAUUUUGAAAACCCUUCUGGGGACAGCCCCAAAAACGAGGGCUGGAUUCCUGCUGUCACCUCACUUGUCACCUUGAUACUCUACCCUGUCCUCCUGCUGGCCCUUUACACCAUGCUCAGCAGGAAAAUUGCCCAGCAUUCCUGCAGGAUGCAGGUGAGCAGCAGCCCUGGGGAGCAUCCCAGCGGAAGGAGCAGUGACACAUCCUCAGACACCUCAGAGGACUCAGACAACGACAGCCCUUCCUGCCCUCAGGAAAGCAUCAAUUACACAUCCCUGGUGUUCCCAGGGAAAGGCCCCGAGCCGGGCUCUGCCCAGGACUAUGAGAACGUCAAGUCUGGGCUGGAUUAUGUCAACGUGGACCCAAAGAAGAGGAAAACACAUUUCUGGCCCUUCUCCAGCCCCAGGGCAUCCAAGGGGGUGGAGUACACCGAGGUGAAGCUGUGA